AUGUGGCACAAGGCAUUUUGGAGUGCCCUGGAGUACACCUGCCGGUUGCUGGGCAUCUCCACUGCAGCAGUGCUGAUCGGUGUGGGCGUAGAAACUCUGCAGCAAGGACAGUUCAAAAGCCUGGCUUUCUAUCUGCUUUUUUCAGGGGUUGCAGUUACUGUCUGUGAAGGCUUCUUCUUUAUCAGUUUGUUCCUGGAGAUGUGCUUCACAUAUGAGCCUGACUCCCUGUCACAGGCCUGCUGGAAGCGAGCUAGAUGCCCAGGGAGCUUCCAGAAAUUUCUGGGGUACACACUGCUGUCGGUGGCUUGCUUUCUGCAUCCUGUCCUCGUCUGGCAUGUCACCAUCCCUGGGUCCAUGCUGGUGCUUACCGCCCUGGCCUACUUCUUGCUGAGCAAGAGGAGGAAGAGCCCAGGGCUCAAAGAGACGCAUCCCCAGACGGGACAGUAUGUGGACCCUUCAGCCACUGUGACAGCCCCAACCAUCGCUGGUGACACUGAGCAGACAUACACCUUCCACGGGGCCCAGAGGGAGCAGCACCGCUCACUGCUGGGCCAGAUGAAGAGCAUCCUGAAGGGCGGGAAGGACAGAAGCCCAGCCCCGGAAGUUCCUGCCCAACCAGUGGCCACACCAGCCCCACGCAAGCAAGUGCACUUCCAGGAGAAGGUGGUGCAGAUCAUCCCCUCUGUCAGCGAGAGCUUGGAGGACAUGGAGAGUGAGGCUGAAGAGACCACAUCGGACACAACACCCAUCCUCACCCCACCUGACGCCCCCGUCAUCCUCGCUCCUCUCAGCUCCACAGGACUCUUUUGA